GCCCACGCGGUGGCGGCUGGGAAUGGCUGGCCCACGGUUCCGAGCGCCAGCUGGAAGUGACGGGGUUGCCGGGUGAUCGAGUGCGAGCGGCAGGGACAUUCAGUUUCUUGAUUUGGAUCCUCAGUAAAAAAAAAUUUCCGGUUGCAGUUACUGAUUGACUGUGCAGAGCUUGGGAAUGAGAUACAGCUGAGGUUUCUUUAUAAUUAAGUCGUGCUUUUGAAGUGACUAAGGACACAGAUUGUCUUCAUCCUGUGAGGUUGUCAACCACGUACACCAGCCAUGGAUCAGUCAAACAAUGGCCUGCCACCCUACGCACAAGGGUUAUCAUCACCCCCGGGUGCCAUGACACCAGGAUUGCCCAUGUUCAGUCCCAUGAUGCCAUACGGCACUGGCCUGACUCCACAGCCCAUUCAAAGCUCCAAUAGCAUCUCUCUCUUGGAAGAGCAACAAAGGCAGCAACAGCAGGCAGCACAGCAGUCCACGACAUCUCAACUGUCAACUCAAGUAACUUCCAGCCAGCCACCACAGUUGUUUCAUUCACAGACAAUGACCACAACUACUUUACCAGGCAUCACAUCUCAUUAUCCCUCACCAAUGACUCCUAUGACACCAAUAACCCCUGCUACCCCUGCUUCUGAGAGUUCAGGAAUCGUACCACAACUGCAAAAUAUAGUGUCCACUGUCAAUCUGGGUUGUAAACUGGACCUGAAGACAAUAGCUCUUCGAGCAAGAAAUGCUGAAUAUAAUCCAAAGCGUUUUGCUGCUGUCAUCAUGAGAAUCCGGGAGCCUCGUACAACUGCACUUAUUUUCAGCUCUGGAAAAAUGGUGUGCACUGGUGCAAAGAGUGAAGAGCAGUCACGUUUGGCUGCGAGAAAAUAUGCUAGGGUGGUACAGAAAUUGGGAUUCCCAGCUAAGUUUCUGGAUUUUAAGAUUCAAAACAUGGUGGGCAGCUGUGAUGUGAAAUUUCCCAUUCGACUAGAGGGCCUGGUGCUCACUCAUCAGCAAUUCAGCAGUUAUGAGCCUGAGCUGUUUCCUGGAUUAAUCUAUCGAAUGAUCAAACCAAGAAUUGUACUGCUAAUAUUCGUGUCUGGAAAAGUUGUAUUGACCGGUGCAAAAGUCCGUGCAGAAAUCUAUGAAGCAUUUGAAAACAUCUAUCCAAUUUUGAAAGGUUUCAGGAAGACAACAUAACUGUUCACAAGGACUUUCUACUCUCUGAAGGACCAUUUCAUUUGCCUGCUGCCUUGUACAGCCUGUAUAGUUGAAUGCUGUUUUCUGCUGCAAUGUUUACAUGGGGUGAUUCAAAUUUAUUAUUUGCCAUGGUUUAGGAGUAAAAUUAGUACUUUUUAAAAUAGUACCAUUCUCGCCACCCUGUGACAGCAGUUUUUGCAAAAUCAUUGUCGGGAAUUUGAGUUAUCUUUUACUUGGAAUUUUAUCAACCGAUGAAACAUUUUGUUUUGCAUGUUAUUUAUAUUGAACUUUUUAUAAAAUGUAAGCCAUGUAAAUGUAUGUUAAUGUAUUUUCUCAAGUUCAUUUUUUAAAAAAUUCAAUCUUACUUGAAAAUAUCUUGCUUUUCAAAGCAAGAUAAAAGACUGUUCCCUAAAUUAGCAACCGAUUUACAACUGAGAUUUUUACAUUAAAUUUUUUUUUCAUUCCGUACAAUGCAUUGUUAUGAUUGUUAAUGGCAAUGUUGUGUGGGUAUCUGAAUAUUUAACAUGUUGAUGCUGGUUUCUUUGUAACUGAGUAGAAUUUCCAAGAAACUUGCUGACUGGCCAUGAUUUCAUUCAGUAGUAGCAUAUGUUUGAGGGGCUAAAUUGUCUGGUCUUGUCAGUGUUCCUCUGCAGCCAAAUUCUCACUUUCUUCAAUAUUGACGGGUUCAAACCCUACUUUUUGGAGUGGGAAUAGAGGAUCACAGCUGUGGCUUGGAUCAUCUCACUUUUGACAGAGUCAUGCUGCAUAGAAGCAGGCCCUUAGUCCAUCAUGCCUAUGCCAACCAACAAACACCAAAAUGAACUAAUUCCACACACCUGCACUUGGUCUAAAGCUUACUAUGCUCUGCCAUUUUAAGUACUCAUCCAGAUGCUGCUUAAAUGCUGUGAGAGCACCUGUCUCCACCGCCCACCUUGGGCAGUAUGUUCCAUAUGUCUACCGCCCUCUGGGUAAAAAAGCUUUUUUUUCCCAAUCUCCCCUAAACCACUUUGUUCUCGCCUUAAACUUAUGCCCUCUGGUCUUAGACAUGGCUGCCGUGGAGAAGAGAUUCUCAUGAUCUUUUGUCUAUGCUUCUCAUAAUUUUAUAUACCUCAAUCAGAUUCUCUUCAGCCUCCUCUGCUCCAAGGAAAACAAACCCAGCCUGUCUAGUCGCUUCUCAUAACUGAGAUUCUCAUCUCAGGCAAUAUCUUGGUGAAUCUCCUCUGCACCUCUCCAGUGCAGUCAUGUCCCGUAAGUGUGAUGACCAGAGUUGCACACAGUAUUCCAUCUGUGGCAUAACCAGUGUUUUAUCAAGUUGUAACAAGAUUUCUUUGCUUCCAUAUUCUAUGCCCCAGCUAAUGAAGGCAAGCAUCCUAUAUGCCCCAUUCAUCACCUUGUCUACCUGUGUUAACACCUUCAGGGAUCUGCGGACUUGUACAUCAAGGUUCCUUUGUUUCUUCGUACUCCUAUCUAUCAUUGUAUAUAUCCUUCCCUUAUUAGAUCUCCCAAAAUUCAUCACUUCACACUUAUCAGGAUUAAAUUCCAUCUGCCAUUGCUGUAUCCAGCAAUUACCAGCUGAUCAAUAUUAGUCUAUAGAUUGAGACCAUCCUUCUCACCACCCCGCCCCCAAGUUUUCAUGUCAUCUGCAAACUUUGCACUACCCUCAUCAAUAUAUUUAGUCAUCUUUUUAAACAAAAACUCAAAUUAGUCAUUCAGAGUCUCCCUCUAACAAAUCCAUGCUGAUCACUCUGAUCAAUCCCUUUUUUCCCAAGUAUUGAGUAAUCCUGUUCUUCAGAAUUUUUUUCCAAUAAUUUCCCUGCCGCUGAUGUCAGACUAACUGUUCUGUAAUAACCUGCCCUACCCCUGCUGCUCUUUAACCGAGGAACCACAUUAGCUGUCCUCAAUUCUAGUAGCACCUCCCCUGUAGAACUAAGUAUAUCUGCCAGGGCCCUAGAAAUCUCUCAAUGCAUCCCAUAGCAGCAUGGGAUACCUCUCAUCAUACGCUGGGCAUUUAUGCACCUGUAUGCCCACAAUAACAUCUAACACCUCCUCCCCAUUAACCUUAACAAGCCCUAAAACCUCUGUCUCCUAACUGAACUCCCCAGUUACAAUGCCUUUCGUCUCUCUGAACACAGAUAAGACCUCACCCUCACUCCAUACAUAGGUUGUCCCGUUGGUUUCUAAUAGGUUCCAAUGGACCUUUCCCUGGUAAUCCUCUUACUCUUAACAUAAUUACAAAAAGCCUUGGGUUUUUCCUUGAUCCCAUCUGUCAAAGAUGUUUUGUGGUCCCUCUUUGCCCUCCUAAUUUCCUUUUUAAGCAACCUCCUUAACUCUUUAUGGUUUGAAAGGCCCCCUCUCUUUCUAAUACACUGUACCUGACAUGUGCUUCCUUUUUCUUCAUCAAACUCUCUAUCCCUUGACAUCCAGGUUCCCUCUACUCUUGGGGGAACAUGCUGGCCCUGACUUGUUGCUAUACUAUUUUUAAAAGACUCCCUCUUUUCAAAUGUAAACGUACCUGUCUCUGAAUUAGAUGUUUGUGGAUUUCAAAUCUCAUUUCAGGGAUGUAAACAUAAUCUAGGCUGACAUGCCAGUGCACUUUUGGGUGGAAACAAAAAAACAAGUAGUACCAUUUUGGUGAAGAGCGGGGGAGUUCUCUCUGUGCUGACUAAAAUCCAAAAUCAGAUUUAAAAUUGAUCAAUGUACUCAUGGGAGCUUGUCUAUUGCAAAUUGACUACUAUAUACAUUACAGUUUAAGUUUGCAACUUAACUUAUAUCACUUCAAAUACUUCACUGACUAUAAAACAUUUGAACAUGUGAAGUGUGCAAUAUAGUUGCAAGUUCUCUUUUUUUAUAAAAUGACUGUUUAGGACAUCUCAAGAAUUUUUUUUACUCGUGAAGAUGCUGUAUUAGCUUAUUUUGAAGCCUGAACUGUUCACAUCUUUGAGAUAUUUCAGAGUGCUUCUCAGUUAUUUAUGUAUUCUUAAAGUGUAGUCACUGUAAUAAUGUAGGCAAAUGCGGCAGCCAAUUCUUACACAGAAGAGCACUCAAAGAGCAAUAGACUAAUGAACUGAAAGUCUGCUUUGAUCAUGUGGUUUGAAGAAUAAAUAUUCACUUUGAUACUGGAUCGAACUCCCCUCCUCUUCAUGUAGUGCCACAAAAUCUUUUACCUUCACUGGAGAGGGCAGAUCAGGCCUGGUUUACCAUCUUGUCCAAAGAGUGGCACCUCCGACAAUGUACUGCACUUAAGUACUGCACUUGGAAUCCUGUUGUCUUUGUAAUAGAUCACACCAAGCCUCUUCAAAAUAGUCUAGCCCCUAACUAUUUCUUUCUUUAAAGGUAAGUGGUAAGGCGUUGCAUUCUGGAUGCAAUUCAGUUGGUAAACUACUUGACAUUA